AUGGCGGAGAAACUUACAGUCGCCGGUGUUAGCUUAGGUCUCAAUCAGCUAGCAACAACAGUUGCUCAGUUAGUUAUUUCAGUAAAUCAAACAUCAGAAUCUGUUGAUUCUUCAAAUUCAUAUGCACACCAGGAUGGAUUUCAUUCUGUGAUUCCCCGCUUAUCUCACAGAGAGAAUAGUAAGUUUACUCGAACUCCUAAAGUUGAUUUUCCACGCUUUAAUGGUAUCAACCCUCGUGGAUGGGCUCUUAAAUGCAAUCAUUAUUUUCACCUUCAUAUGUUUCCUGAUGAAGAACGUGUAGAUAUGGAUGCUAUUCAUUUUGAUUCACAAGUAGAUCCAUGGUUUUUAAACUAUCAGCAGGGUAAAGAAUCCAUUUCUUGGGAUACAUCUACUAAAGAUUUAUGUGCUAGAUAUGAAGAUGUUGCCCAGGAUAAUUAUGUAGGUAGCUUCAAUAAAUUGUCUCAAAAUUCUUCAGUUGAAGCCUACUAUGAUCAGUGGGAACAUUAUAAGACAUUCAUGGUGGCCAAUAAUCCAACCCUACCAGAGAAUUUUUACACAUUAAGCUUUAUCAGUGGCUUGAAAGAGGAAAUACGCACAACAAUACAAAUGUUUAAACCUGAUACUACUUCUGAGGCAUUUUUCCUUGCCAGAAUGCAGCAAACAUCCUUGCAACACAUGCCUAAACCACUUAAAUCAUUUUCCAAGCCAUUUGCACCUCCUCCAUUAUCUAUUCCACAACCUUCUUCUUCCAUCACACCCUUUUAUCCUCCAUCUACUGCUUUUGGAAAAUCUAGUGGUUCUUCUUCACAACCUAUUGUGACACAUCCAACCACUCCAACAAAAACCUCACCUGAUAAAGCAGUGCCACCAAUCAGACACCUCACUUAUGUACAAAUGCAGCAAAGAAAAUAUAAAGGCUUAUGUUACAAUUGCGAUGAGUUUUACAGACAGGGCCAUAAAUGUAAAACUCAACAGCUUUUCAUGCUUAUCACUGAUGAGGAUAUUGAGGAGCCAGAACAAAUCUCAAAUACAACCAUCCAAGUUGAUUCUCCUCCUCCUAGUGACUCCACUCUGGAAAUAUCAUUACAUGCAUUGACAGAGAAUGUGGUUCAUGAUAUUAUAUGUAUUGCUGGUCAUUUACAGAAGAAACCGAUUAUGAUCCUCAUCGACACUGGAAUCACUCACUCUUUUAUUGAUUCUCAACUUACAGAACAGUUGGGUAUUCAUGCUUCUCCCACAGGUCACAUGGUAGUCACAGUGGCUAAUGGCGACAGCACCAUCAGCAAAGGUAUCUGUCACACACUUGGUUGGGAAAUGCAUGGCAACCAAUUUUCAUUUGAUUUGAGGGUCCUUCCAUUGGGUGGUUAUGAUAUGGUGUUAGGGGAUGAUUGGCUACAUCAUCCAGAUGAUAUCACUUUCAGUUUUUCUCAACUCAGGAUUUCCUUCAUGCAUCAAGGCAACCACAUCACACUUCAGGGAAGUUCCUCUAACCCUUCUUUGAGUCUUAUUAGUGCAUCUGCCUUUAAAAAAUAUGUUAAGAGUAAAGUCCCUACUUUGUUGGGUCAAUUUUUUUCUAACUCAACAUCACCACCUCCACCUACACCAUCCUUCCUCACUCUACUAGUGAACUCUUAUUCUGAUAUUUUUGCUGAACCUUCUCAACUACCACCACCAAGAGCUUUAGACUAUAAAAUUCCUCUUAAACCUAAUUCUAGCCGAACUUAUCAAAGACUAUAUAGAUGUCUAUACAUCCAAAAGUCUGUGGUAGAAUACAUGGUCCAAGAAAUGCUUAAUACAUGA